AUGGACGAUGUUGAUACCAUUCUCGAGAUUCUGCGGAAGGACAACGACGCAGAGCCUGACCUGCCACCGGAGUUAGUGCUUGAUACAGCUGCCGCGCUGAGCCGCAACAUCUUCACGCACUGGCACCGUCUGAACGCAAUUGUGCAGCGACACGAAGGCGCCAUACGGAUUCGAUGGAGAAAGAAGUCUGCGGCGAAGCGUCGAGAACUAUUUCAAGUAGUCUUCCCCGGAAUGCCCGACCUGCACCGACCGGAUGUCGACAACAUGCAUGGCAAUUUCACUGAAUGUGCUUGCGGAGAACCAAACCAUGUGGCAACCAGCAGCGAGCUCAGACCUUAUAUCAAUUCAGAAGACUUGUCGGACGUCAAGUCCCUGCUUGUGUUCAUCAACGCCCGGGCGCGCAAUCGUCCUGCCACGUUUGCUGAAUCGGAACUCAGCUUCUCUGGCAUGGCCGUCCCAUGCCAGGCUACCCGCUAUCCGCAUGUCCUCAUAAAUCUCUGGGACCAAGACUCAAAGACACAGGAAUUCAACGAAGAGAUGUAUGGCCGAAUCAAAGGGCUUGAGUCCGAACCCCACGCUGUCCCUGAAGAUCAGGCGAUGCAUUCUUUGAAUCCCCUAGGAGAGGGCCUCCAGAUACUCCGCAUCCAGGAAGGCGUACUAAGGUUCCUCGUCGGCUGUUGCGAAAACAUCAUGCAUGACAUCCUUCCAGAGACGCUGUGCAGCGACGAUUAUCCGCUUUUAUCAGAACCGCCGAGCUUGUCAGAUCCGGAAGAGCUGAGCAGUAGUCUUGCAGAUGCAUGCAGAAAGGCGCCAUUUGGUCCGCGAGGCGAGCCAAACUUUGCACGUAUCCGGCACCUUAUCUCGACAGCAGUGGAAAAGUGCGAGGACCAUGCCUGGGCGUUGCGCGAAGACCCUGCGUAUUUCGCAGAAUAUGUUCAAGAUCACGCCGAACAUCGACAUGAGAAUAUACUGAACGAAGCCGGAGAACCAUCGAAGAGACUUGGAACCAGCGAGUUCUACUCCCUGGUUCUCCGUGAGACAUUGAACAAGGCGUACGCGGGCCUGGUCUUCUGGGAUCAGCUUUACCGACUUUCAAGCGAAGUCGAAGUUCUUCACAGACUGGCUUUGCAGGUGGAAGCAAGCGAAGAGCUUGUCAAGCGCUAUGCGGAUAGUGUGGAGAUGUUGUACUACAUGUUGAGUCUAGGUAGUUACGACGCCGCGGGUCUCAUUAGGCACUUCUUGAUGGGUGCACCACAGUUACGCCAUCUUAUGAUGAGAGUUACCAUACCAGCAGGAUGCGACAAGGUGCUCGAAGGUGAAUCUGAUUACAGAACCACAGAAGUGGAAAGUAACGAUAUCAUCGGACAGCGCGUGAGGAAGCUCUUGACCCGGACGACCGCCUUCACUCAGAUCGUCGACUACACCCAUCUCAAUCUAGAUUGCCUUGAAACGUACUUUAGGCGAGAGCCUUCCGCCAAAGAGAAAGUCUCGCCAUUCAUAGAGGACUACCUGAAUACGCUUUCAGUGUGCGUUGAGUGUCUUCAUCAACUGCGAGUGUCUUCCUGCUACGUCAAUUUAAGGAAUCAGUUCGAUCGUGGGCGAAAGGGCCCCAUGUACGCCGAGUGGUAUCUCAAAUUUAUGCGACCUUUGGCGCGCUGGAGAAAGGUUCUAGACGAUGGAGGUGUCAUUGCCCCAGAUCUUGGUAAUCCAUCCAAUGGCAGGUUCGAUUAUCCGAGUGAGAGCGUCCGAACAAAGCAGACAGUGGGAGCGCGUCGAAAAGCGGAACGCAACCUGGACAAGUUUUGGAGACUCUUGGACAAAGGUGGCCCGAUGCUAAGAACGGCUCCGUGGAGUGACUCCGAAGAUCUUGACACGGCAUCAACACCGUCUCCUGUGUACGAGUAUCAGGCCACAUCCGAGAUCUUCCACGACCCAACCAAAGAGAUCACUGGGAAUUUCAAUCGCCUAGAUGUCAAUGAUAGAACCAAAGCGAAGACGCAUGGCGAGAUGACAGCCAUAGCCCAGGAUGCCGAUGAGGAUGUACUUGAGCGAUCGGCUGCCAUUUCGAAACCGUUGUACCACGUCGGCAAGGACGCCUAUAUCGUGAUCAAAGCACUUUUUCACGUGCCAAACGACAGCGAACCCCCGGGUAAAGUCCGCUGGGAUCAAGUCGUAGCCACGCUUGCCAAGCUUGGAUUCGCCGUCGAGAAGCUACACGGAUCUGCAUGGCAAUUCACACCGAAGAAGCUGAACUUACCACGCGGAAUCCAGUUCCAUGAGCCGCAUCCGAGCGGUGAAGUGCCAUUGACUCUGGCCAGACGCUACGGACGUCGACUAGCGCGUGCGUACGGAUGGGAGGCAGCGAUGUUCAAGCAGAAGUAA